AUGAAGCUCCUCACGGCCGAACAGCGCAGCCAAAUAGCAGGCGACUAUUUCGCGCCGGACGGCCUGUAUGAAUAUACGAAGAAACUGCCUUUCACCGGCCGCGUGAAAAGCAACGUGACUUCGCUCGUGGCUGGCGAAUGGACGGAAAUCACCCUUGAUUAUGAGGUGGGAGCAUCGGGGCUUGCAGACGGUGCCUGGAUCAAGGGGACCUUCAAGUUUUACUCGGAUUGGGCUCUUUUCCAGACCUCGGAUCCCCAGGCGGACAACUACAUCAGUGCAGAAUAUGUGCCGAACGGACUAGUCCCCGGACAGACACCGGCGACGGUCCAGUCCCUGGGAAUUCGCUUCGACCAAAAGGGCCACGAGAGGCCCUUUCAAAAGGCCGUCAUCGUUGACAUCCAAGAUGGCUAUCUGAACCCAGGUGACCGCAUUGUGAUCCGCCUGGGGGAUCGCCGGUUUGGGGGCAGAGGGACACGGGUGCAAACAUUCAUUGAAAAAGACUUUCGCUGGCGAUUCUAUAUUGACCCCGUGGGCACUUCCCGAUUUGCACCAAUCCAACCUGAUCUCUCUUGGGAGAUUACUGCCGGCCCUAUCCAUCAUCUUCAGGUCGUUUCACCAAGACUGGUUCAGCAAUCCAUUCCCUUCACAGUCCGUGCGCAUGCAGAGGAUGUCUGGGGCAACGUGACUCAGAACCUGGCAGGUCUAUCCUCCACGCUGAAGCUGUCGAGCACAACCCCCGAGACUGCCCUAGAGAAAACCUUGGCCAUUCCAGCUUCUGGAUGGACAAACGCUGUCUUCCCAAACCUGCUAUUAGACAUCCCAGAUGACUAUACUAUCGACAUAGCUGUAAAAGCUGCUGACGGGGCAAUCGUUGCAUCUAAGCGUGCCUAUAUCACGGUAUCUUCUGCCACGUCUCUUCCUCCAAAGAUCUUGUUCGGUGAUCUACAUGUACAUUCCGAUGACACUGUAGGUACUGAAUCAUCAACCUAUAACUUCUCUUACGGCCGAGACAUUGCUGGGCUGGAUGUUCUCGGGUAUACCGCAAACGACUUCCAAAUCACCAAAGCCCGCUGGGAUGCCACCGUAGAUCUGAUUCGAUCUCUCAACCAACCGGGGGAAUUUGUCCUCUUCCCCGGCACUGAGUGGUGUGGGAACUCUGCUGCUGGAGGGGACCAUAAUGUCGUGUUCUUGAAUGAUCAGUCUCCGCCCGAGUUUCCCUUUGAUCGCCACGGGAAUGUCGCGCGUUCAUUUGAGUGGUCCGAAGACGGCCCUAAAGAUCUUGUGCCGGGAGCUUGGCCUCUCGAUGAGGUGUAUCUCACGUAUGCCGGGGAUGCAGAGAACCACCUUCUGAUCCCCCACGUUGGAGGCCGUCGAUGCAAUCUUGCAUGGCAUCACCCUAAGCUUGAGCGUCUUGUAGAGAUUGGAAGUGCAUGGGGUCAGUUUGAGUGGCUUCUCCAAGAUGCCAUCCGCCGUGGAUGGAGGCUCGGCGUCACUGCUAAUUCUGACGAGCAUCGCGGCCGUUGUGGCGGUGGUGUUCCAGGUACAGCAGUGUUCGGCACCCGUGGGGGCUUGACUGGGAUCUUGGCUCCUCGACUCGAACGUCAAGACGUUGCUAGGGCUCUUCGUGCGCGCCAUACCUUUGCAACUACGGGCCAACGGCUGGUCGGGCUUUUGUACACUGGAUCUGCAAUCCAGGGCGAUGAGAUCCAACAUAGCGCUCAAGAACCGCUAGAACUAGACUAUCACUUCCUUGGCGAGAGGGGUUUCUCUUCUAUCGAAGCUUUCGACGCCUCGGGCCUGAUAUGGCGUCACCAUUUCUGGUCUGAGUCGAAAUCACCAGCAAGGAUUCUACGGGUGACUUGGGGAGGCGCGCGAUUGUACGAUCGAUACCGCGAGGCCGUCUGGAAUGGUAAAAUUGGGGUCUCCAAUGUGCAGGGUGUGCAGCCGUUUGGCGGCCUGGAAGACAAUAUCGAGGAUUAUGCACGGCCCGCCGAUGCUAAUACCAUUACAUUCUCUAGCAAGACAAGCGGCGAUCUGGAUGGCGUCCACAUCACCUUCGAAGACGAUCAGACUCCGCGAAGCAUCACUGUGUCGGGCACCCUCGGCGGAUAUGUCAAGGUCGGAGAUGCCCUCGCUGGCAACCCGCAUAAAGCCCAGCCCACCUUCCACCUCGAAGUAUCCUGGGAGGAAGCGCAGGAACCGGAUGGGAAAGCCAUUGAGAUCAAUGGUGGUGCUGGGCUGUUCGUCCGGGUCGAAGCGAUCCCCGAGGUGGUGCUUCCACGACGAGCAUCGGGGCGGGUGUCUUUCCACGGUCACAACGAGAAGAAACGGGCCAUCUACUUUGUUGGCCGCGAGUGGAGCGGGGAAAAAGUUGUGACCAGCCCUAUUUUUGUUGACUACCAUGAUGGGAGCUCAUAA